AUUUGCAUCUGUGAGUUUUAACUGUUGUUGCUGCCCAGUAAGAGGGAAAGAAAGAUUUUUCACCGAAUUAACUUUUAUUUUGAACUAUGGGUCUUACAUAUAAAAGGAAAGAGGGAGUCAAAGCUAGGAAAAAAAUUGACUCUAGAAGUAUGGAACUUGCAGUAAUGGCGUGCCUUGGGGGAAAAAGUUUCCGAGGAGCAUCAAAGGAACUCUCUCUUCGUACACCAGAAGGAACCAGUAUAAGCAGAGGAAGCAGCUUUAAUAAACACAAUGUUAGACAGUUUUUUGAUAAUCUUCGCCAGAUUAUCACUAGGGAAGUUCUUGGACCAGAAUCUAUUUGGAACAUAGACGAAACAGGUCUUACUACAGCCCACAAACCAGGAAAAAUAGUGGCUGUAAGAGGAGAGAAACAGGUAGGAAAACUGACUUCUGCCGAGAGAGGUGAACUUGUGACAGCAUGUUGCGCAAUAAAUGCUAUAGGAGGCCAUAUCACACCUUUCAUGAACUUUCCAUGUGUGAACUGGAAGGAUAGGAUGCUGCAUGGAGCUCCUCCUGGAACCGGUGGUUCCACUCAUUCCAGCGGUUGGAUGACAGCUGAUAAUUUUGUUUUGUUUUUAAAACAUUUUCAUAAAUAUGUAAAAUGCAGUGCUCAACACAAAGCUCUUAUCAUCAUGGACAAUCGUGAUAGUCAUAUUAGUUUGGAAUCCUUACAUUUUGCAAAAGAAAAUGGAAUUACUCUUUUGACAAUUCCUCCCCAUACAUCCCAUAAAAUGCAGCCCCUUGAUAGGUCAGUGUAUGGUCCACUGAAGGCAUAUUACAAUUCUGCUGCAGGAGACUGGAUGACAGCGCAUCCAGGGAAAACUAUCUCUAUCUAUGAUAUCUCCAAGAUUUUUGGUAUAGCUUUCUCUAAAGCUUUUACACCCAGCAAUGUGAUUAGUGGUUUUUGGGUUUCAGGCAUAUGGCCAUUUAACUCUGAUAUAUUUACAGAUGAUGAAUUUUUUUCUACAUAUACAACAGGCCACUUACAAUCCAUGGAAGUCUGUGAUUCUCCAAAAGCGUUUGUUUCAGUAUCAACACCUUCAUCUUCCGGAAUUAGACCUAGCCCUAUUGGAUACAGAUCCUUUGAAGAUAUCAGACCACACCCUAAGGCAGCAGCUCACACUACAACUAGACGAGGAAGGAAAUGA